GGAGUACGACAAAAUAUUCAUUUCGGCAAAAGGCCGCGGACGAGCCUUCCUCUACAAUAUCAAUCCAGAGGCCGUUUUCUCUUUGUUCGUCGUUUCCAACCAUCUUUCAAAAUCGUUGUGUCUCAAUUUCAGGCCUAUAAGAUUUCCAUUGCCUGGCCAUUAUGCCUGUCCCAAGUCCAGACGUUGAGACUUCGCCUUCGACAAGGCCAACCAACACAGACGGAGCGUGGGACCCAGCUUUCACCAUUUACCAGGCCGUAACAUCUCAAGACCUUGCAACUACCUAUGAGUUAUUCAUCGCCUAUACCGAUUGGCUGAACCUUGAUCUCUACUUUCAAGACUUCAAGACCGAACUUGCCACCCUGCCCGGGAAAUAUGCGCCUCCAAGUGGAUGUCUUCUCCUGGCCAAGCCUGCCACGACGGGGGGAGCUCAGGGAGUAAUUGCCAUGCGUCCGCUGCCAAGCGUAGGUGAGGCCAUUUGCGAGAUGAAGCGCUUGUAUGUGCUUCCGAGUGCUCGUGGCAUGGGAAUCGGGCGGGUCUUGAUACGCGAAGCUGUUAGAAGAGCGGAAGAGAAGGGAUAUAGAGAGAUGGUGUUGGAUACCUUGCCAUCCAUGAAGGGGGCGAUCACCCUAUACCGGAGCGAAAGCUUCAUUGAACGAGAUGCCUAUUACGAGAAUCCGAUCGAGGGUGCGAUAUUCUUCAGGAAGUGGUUGGGGCGAUGAGCCCCUGAAGCACACGGAAAGCUGGAGUCAAUCGGGUCG